CCGGCUUUUUAUUUUAUUUAUUUAAAAUUCAAACACAGCGGGAGGAGAUUUUUGAGUUUCGGUUUUCUUUCAUGAUGCUUGGACAAGAUUAGGAAAACAAUGUAUUCGGUUAGAUAACAAAUGAACUGUAGAAUCCUUUUAAAAUAGAUGUAUAGUCAAGAAUUGUGUUUAUUAUGAUUUACACAUUAAUUGUAUUUAAUAGAUCAGAUCUAAUAAUUGCACAAUUCAUCUUACAUAGUAGUCACGCUAAAUUAAGUUUUGUGGGUCUCGCGCUUUAACUUAAAAUGGUGAACUGUUCCUUUAACAGAUGCAGAGUUGACACAUGAAUAACUUCCAGCUCACUGAGCAGCUCCUCAUGGUUCAGUUCUGACCUAACUGACACAGAUGGAGUUCAUUUUAAGGACUUCAACAGAUCGACACUUCUCAGUCAGGGUUUACUGCUCAGCCGUUUAAAUUGUUACACAGCACACUCAACUACCUAAAUCUGUGUAUUUCAUGAUGACAGUCUGGAGGAGCAGCAUCUCUGUCACUUUGUUUUUUCUCGUAGUGUCUUCAUUCCUCAUCAGUCCAUGUCAGUCAGGCUGUCGGGAAACAGGUCUGUGUUGCACCGGCAGGGACCCAUCAUGCUUCAGCAGAGGAUGGAGGUCAGACCGGUCCUAUGGCACCUGCUACUGCGACCAAGCAUGUGUGUCCACUCUGGACUGCUGUUAUGACUACGAGACAGCCUGCCCCGCGGUGUCCUGUGUGGUGAGUGAGUGGACAGAGUGGUCGGGCUGUGCUGAGGCUUGCAGGGCCACAAUCCGCAGGCGGAGCAGGACCAUCCUGAGGGAGCCGCUCAAUGCAGGAAAACCUUGUCCCCAUCUGGAGGAGCAUGCCGGCUGUGCAGAGUACCGGUCUCAGCAAGGGCACUGUCACAACUCACUUGUCCCAGCGCUUAUUAUCACGGGUGGCUAUGGCAACGCCAGAAAGAAAAGAGACAUCCCUGACGGCAGUGACAUUAUAGGGUAUUGUGUCCAGUUUCAGUUGACCUCUCUGACAAAAGGAUGCCAGCAGAGUACAGACCCACACACCCAGUGGAUGCAGUACCUGACGGAGGGGCACCGUGUGUGUGUUGAGUGUCAGCCGCCAGCUCUUGCUGCCGGACAGAUGCACUGUUCUGGAGAUGGAGAGGAAAAUGCAGCAGACAGAAGACAGUCUCUCCAGUGGCAGGCGGUGGGAAACCCUCGAUGCAGGGGUGUGUGGAGGCGUGUGGGAAGGCUGGAGGCCUGCUCCUGCCCAACAGCCCACAGCUUCCUCUUCAUCUAAACAUCCUCCUUCCUUCUGUACAUAUUUACUCAGAUGCGUGUGUAAAGACCAAUCUGCCAGUAUAAUUAUAAACCGGCCACAGUAAUUACAAACACUGGUUGCUAAACCUGCUCUAUUAAAGAGUAAUUUUUAUUUAUAAUGACCAAAUUUAAUCUUCUUCAUAUUAGAGCAAGCUACAUGUAGGUCUUGUUUUAAUAAGGGUAAAUGCGUGCCAAUGAAAAGUCCUGUUCCUUAGUCAGAACACAAUCAAUACUGUCCU